ACAGUCAGAGUAUCAGAUAUGCCCAUGACUACUCACACAGUUAACUAGUAGUUUAAAAGGACCACGCUAGAGUACAGAGUGCUGAAUUACUUUUAACUCUUAUUCAUUAUGGAUAAUAUUAAAGACGGCUGGUUCACUGAGACGUGCACGUUAUGGCCUGGUCAAGCGAUGAGUCUUCAGGUAGAAGAGAUUCUCUAUCAGAAAAAGUCCAAAUUUCAGGAUGUGAUGGUGUUUAAAAGUAAGACCUAUGGAAAUGUUCUCGUGUUGGAUGGCGUGAUCCAGUGCACAGAACGAGAUGAGUUUUCCUACCAAGAAAUGAUCGCCAACCUCCCGUUGUGCUGCCACCCUUGCCCUAAGAAGGUUCUGAUCAUUGGUGGAGGAGACGGCGGGGUGCUGAGGGAAGUCGUGAAGCAUCCGAUGGUCGAGUCUGUAGUUCAGUGUGAGAUCGAUGAGGAUGUCAUUAAUGUUUCGAAAAAGUACCUCCCUGGAAUGGCAAAGGGAUUUUUUAGCCCCAAGUUGACUCUGAAUGUUGGAGAUGGUUUUGAGUUCAUGAAGACGAAUCAGGAUGCUUUCGAUGUCAUCAUUACGGAUUCCUCAGACCCUGUUGGUCCAGCAGAAAGCCUGUUCAAAGAAUCCUACUACCAACUGAUGAAAACGGCACUACGUGAGGGGGGAAUUCUUUGCUGUCAAGGAGAGUGUCAGUGGCUGCACUUGGAGCUGAUCAAAGAAAUGCGCGUCUUCUGCAAGUCGCUCUUCCCUGUUGUGGACUACGCUUACUGCACCAUCCCUACGUACCCGAGCGGACAGAUCGGCUUCAUGCUCUGCAGUAAAAACCCGGAAAUAAAUUUUCGUGAGCCAAGGAGGGAGUUGACGAGCGAUGAGAUUGAGAGCAUGGACCUUAGAUAUUACAACCCUGAAAUCCACAGAGCUGCUUUUGUUCUACCUGAAUUUGCCAGAAAGGUUCUAAGUACAGUGUAACUGGAUUCUUGGCUGCCAUCUUGUCUUAACGCUGCUUUGUGAAAUCAGGGCGAAGCCGUUAGUGCAACGUGUGUGUGUGUGUGUGUUUUGUUUACUGCCUUUCCUCGUCAUGUCAUGAAAAGGGAAUUUAUGUGCAUUUUGCACACUUCGAGCUCCUAAAGACUUCCUGCUUUUUAUUUAUUUGCUUUUUGUCGCUUUCUCAUAUCCGUGUUCAGUUACCGAACUUUCUCAUCACACGUUACAUGUUCUACAUGACAUACGAUAUGACGGUCAUAACAAGGUCAAUGCAAACAUCGUCUUAUUUUGUCUUACAUUCCACUGCGGCUCUGUCCUGAGCUUUUCAUCUCCGUUUUGCUGACAUGGCGAUCAACUUGAAGACGCAGCGUUCGAGUUUGUUGGCUGUUGAAACAGGACAUGAACUUUUGUUAAAGAUUUUUAGUAAACUGAGAGGUUGUAGCUUGAUGGCUAAUUAAUCCAUAGAAACAAAUGUUAACAAACUUUAAAAUGCUACUAAUAAAGUUAGCUAAUACAAAUUAACAUCAAGGAAAAACGGUUUCAAGUAAAUAUGCAUCAUUAUGAAUUA